CUUAUGUGUGGAGGAAUAAAAGUUAAUUGCAAUGGCAGCCCCCUUGACAUUCAUGAUUGCAAUUUCACAAGCUAAUCGGUUGUUAUCCAAAAAGCUUAUUUGUUUGUCUGAAUACCAAGCAUGUAAUGCAAGUCAGUAUGGUAGGAGAAAAUUUAAUAAGAAAUUUUCGAAAAAAAUUACAAAACCUCAAAUGUUGUCACAAAAUCCAAAAGAGACUCGUGAUGUGGAAGACGACGAAGAGGAGAAGGGCGACAGGAAAGUGAGCACAACAAGGAAAAAGAAUUUCCUGAUGGACAGACUACAUGUGUUUAUGCGAGGAGGUACUGGGGGUCACGGUUUGUCUCGGUAUGGGGGAAUUGGAGGGGACGGUGGAAGUGUCAUUGUCAAAGCCUCAAAAACAGCAUCUUUGCAAGAUAUCAAAUCUAAAUAUCCACAACAGAGAUUCAAAGCUCCAGAUGGGAAACCGUGCAAAAAACUUGCUUUGUUGGGAGAGAAAGGAGAGGAUCUCAUUGUAGAAGUACCAAUGGGAAUAACAAUUGAAUCAGGAAGUAGAAUAAUUGGUGAUUUGGAUGAAGAGGGCAAGGAAUUUGUUGUAGCCAAAGGUGGAUCAGGGGGAAACCCCUCAAAUGGGUUUGAAGGGGCAAAGGGAGAAGCAAAGACUGUGGAUUUAAAUCUCAAGCUGAUCGCUGACAUUGGACUCGUGGGAUUUCCAAAUGCUGGGAAAUCUACCUUUGGGUCAGCAGUAACUCCAUCAGGUGGUUGGAAAAUUGCAGAUUAUCCAUUCACAACAAUUUCACCAAGGAUUGCUUGGAUGGAUUAUCAUGAUGGAAGAAAGAUUGCAGUGGCAGAUCUUCCAGGUCUUAUCGAGGGAGCCUGGGACAAUAUCGGAAUGGGACAUAGAUUCCUUAAACACAUUGAGCGCACCAAACUUCUCUUAUUCCUUGUCGACAUCAAUGGAUUUCAGCUGAAUCCCAAUUUUCCAUUCCGUGAUCCUAUUGAAACUAUACUGAUUUUAAACAGGGAAGUAGAACUAUUUAAACGUCACUUGGUUGAGAAGCCAGCAGUUUUAGCACUGAAUAAAAUAGACUGUGAUACUGAUGGAUCAAUAGUGAAAGACAUUAUAGAAAGAGUGAAGAGUUUACCAGAAAACAUUUCAAACUUUCCAGAGGAGCUACAGCCAGAUAAAUUGAUAAAGUUUGAGGACAUUUUCACUAUUUCAACUAAAGAAGGAACAAAUAUUAUCCAAACUAAACUGAAACUGCGACAAAUACUAGACACUCAUUUUGCUGAAAAUCUUGAAUAUCCUCUCGAAAAAUGGGAGCAUGCUCUAACUGAACACAGAAAAAUAAAUAAAGAUAUUUAGUACUCAAUCAUUAUACAUGAAUGAGAGAUAGGGGUGGGGGAGAUGUGCACUAAAUAUCACGGGUGUUUAGUGUGACCUUUUACGAAGCAAUAACAAGCUCCACCAACAAAACUACCAGUAAUACACACAUUCUGAAUAUGGACUUGUUACAUAAGUACAUGUAGCACUAUUGAUGCAUUAGGGAAGCUGAUUUUUCUUCAUUUCAAAUGUUUACUUACAGAUUUGAGGAACAAUAAAGUGUAUAUUUUUACAUGGUCAGUCAUGGGUACAAUAAAAUAAAAAGUAUGAGCACAAUUAUUGCUACAAGCAAAGUAGUAUACAUGUACCGGGUACUUGUAAAAUUCACCCCUAGUAAGCAUUCUUGAUUGCAAUUUGUCUCUAUAAAUUUAAGUGUUUGAUAUGGAAUUUGUAAGUAAUGGAACUGGCAAUAGUAAU